AUGUUUUCUCUGUUGUUGAGCUUAUUCAUUGUACUGACUAAUGAAACCGAUGGUACUGAUAGCGUAAGUGGAGAAAGAACGCCUUGUGAAACUAAACAAAGAAUUAUCUUUGUUAGUGCAAUUGGUUUAAUGGAUAACGAAACCCUAUUGGAAAAAGUAUUGGAUCCAGAAAAAGAUGAAGAAAUUCAUAUACUAGAAUCCCAAGAAAAUUUGAAUGAAGCUCUAGGAAGUUUAAAUAAUCCUUUUCAAAAAUGGGCUGAACGAAUUUAUGAUGAAACUAAAUCUUUUUUACAAACUGGAGAUACCUAA